UUGGCGUGGCAGUGCCGAAGGGGCGGGGCGUUAGGGGCGGACAGGAAAGAGAAGGAAGCAAAGACACUGGAGACAAAACUAAACGAUGGCUGCCAUCCGUAAGAAACUGGUUAUAGUGGGAGAUGGAGCAUGUGGGAAGACGUGUCUGCUCAUUGUGUUCAGCAAAGACCAGUUCCCUGAGGUGUAUGUGCCCACAGUGUUUGAGAACUACGUCGCAGACAUUGAGGUGGACGGCAAGCAGGUUGAGUUGGCACUGUGGGACACAGCUGGACAGGAGGACUAUGACAGGCUUCGGCCCCUAUCCUACCCCGACACUGACGUCAUCCUCAUGUGCUUCUCCAUAGACAGCCCAGACAGUUUGGAGAACAUUCCAGAGAAGUGGACUCCAGAGGUAAAGCACUUCUGUCCCAACGUUCCCAUCAUCCUUGUGGGCAACAAAAAGGACCUUCGCAAUGAUGAACACACACGCCGAGAACUGGCCAAGAUGAAACAGGAGCCGGUGAAACCCGAAGAAGGGCGUGACAUGGCCAACCGCAUCAAUGCUUUUGGGUAUCUGGAGUGCUCAGCAAAAACAAAGGAUGGAGUGAGGGAGGUGUUUGAGAUGGCAACCAGAGCUGCGCUCCAAGCCAAGAAACGUGGCAAGAAGAAUGCUUGUCUUCUGCUAUAGAGAAUUGGGGAAGGGUGGGGGGUGGGAGGUAAGCAGGCCAAGGAGAGCAGGAAGAAGCUUUAAAGAGGUGGGACAGCUGUCAGUGGGCUCAAAGGGGAGGGGGAGAGGGCAGGAAAAGAUUCAAAUCAGGCCAAAGGAGAUGGAGGAACAGAUGGAGGGAACCCUGUAAGGAAAAAGGGAGGUCACAUUUUCUUGGCUGCACUGUUGACAGAAGUCAUCUUUAAAAAUCCUGUCUGCUUUCACUAGUGUGAUCUGCCACAGAGUAAGAUGAGAAAAACUAAACAGGCUAGGGGGCAAGAGUAUAGCUGGCCAAAUGAGGAGUAUGUUCCCUGUUUCUCUUGAGACGUGCCUCUGCCUCAUGUCUCCAUGAGUGUCCUUGUCUGUGUGACAGUCUGCAUCCCUACCUAUGCAUGUCCACCCCUCUCUGUGUGCAUGGGGAGAUGGGGGGUCCACCCACCUCUCCAUCCCCCCGUAGUCAUUUGCAUCAUAAAUGAGGUCACUGGACAAAAAGACAGUCCAGAUUAACAGCUCACUGAACCAACCAGCAGUUCAUUUAAAUGUCUAUUCCUUGUUUCCUCUGCAUAUAAAGUUCACAUGAAGAUAUAUAAAAACAAUGAUGAUGCUUAUUAAUUUGUGUUAGUUAUAUGCUUGUUUGUGUAGUUUUGGAAUAAAUGAUGAGUAGCUUGGAUUGAUUACUCACGGUAAUCUUCAGUGGAACCUAGUGAGAACUUUUAGUUGAUAAGAAUGAAGUGGACUGUGGGGACAGGCAGGCUUUGGAAUGUGGUAUUAUUUUGUUCUGAUUCUUUAAAUGGAUUUGGAAAUUCAGUAAUUAGUUUUCUUGUGGACGGUUUUUUCCUGUGUGCCAGGAUCCUUAAUUGUGAAGGGGGUGGGAAUGUAUUGACGUGUUAUCUCACUCUCCCUGUAUAAAAAAUUAGCUGCUCCCUCCAUCUUUCACUCCAUGUACCUCCCCCUUUUUCUUUUUUUUUAUUAUACAGUUUUUUCCCCCAUUUGCUCCUGUACUGUAUAUUUUACCGUGUGAAAUUCUACUGGCUCGUCCUUGUCUCUUAUGCCUCUUUUGCAAAGUCUAGAACCUUAUCUUAAAAUUAAAAAAGAAAAAUGCAAAAAAAGUAAUAAAAACAUGAAAAAGAGCAAACAACUAAAUAUUAUACUGUUAACUUUGUAAAAUCUUACAUUUAAUUGUUGUAAAAAACAAAAACUGAGCAGCAGAAAAUAAAUCUUGGUGCAAAUAACCUUUUGUACAC